AUGCGCCAUGAAACCCUCGACCGGCCGAACCUGGCCUCUCGUAAAAAAAUCCGCAGAGCGUUCUCUUCGAAGAGUCAUUCUCGACCAUCUCGUCGUUCGAACGAAUGGAAAGAGGCACCACCGAUCCCGCUUUCCCACGAGUGUGAAGAGGUACGCGACGACGAUCUUCCUAUGCUCGUCGUUGCUGCCCCGACUCUGCGAGCACUCUAUCCUGGAAACGAGAACAAAUUCGUUUUGUUCCCCGACUUUUCAGAACGAGACGAGAAUCGACCGAAAAUGAGCGAUUAUGGAUACGACAGUAGAGGAUACGACAGCAGAGGUAGGGAACGACAGAGGCGAGGAGCAAGCAGAAGUGACGAAGACGAUCCCGAGGAACGAAGAAAUAUCUUGCAGCGUUUGGAUAGCAUACAAGACCCCGGAAAGCGUUAUCUCCUCCGAGACUGCAUAGGUUCUGGCGUGUGCGGCGAUGUGUACGAAGCGAUCGAUCAACAAGCCGGGAACAAAAGAGUCGCGGUGAAGGUGCAGAAACUCACUCCGGAAUCGCAAUCUCUGAUCAUCGAUGAGUACAAGAUUCUUCGUGACUUCGGGUCUCAUCCGAAUCUGCCAGACUUCUACGGGAUUUAUCGCAGAAGAUCUGGCAAGAAGACCGAGUACGAUCAAAUAUGGUUCAUCAUGGAGCUCUGCGAAGGUGGGACUGUGAUGGAUCUGGUGCACGGGCUUCUAGCCAAGGACAAGAAAAUGCGCGAGGAGCACAUCGGUUUUAUCUUGCGGGAGGUGAUCCAGGCAAUGGUUUAUCUCAACGAGCACAACGUGAUGCACCGUGACAUACGCGGCAAUAACAUUUUACUGACCAAAGAGGGCGACGUGAAGUUGGUCGAUUUCGGGCUAUCGAAGAUGUAUCAGAGUGAAAUGGGGAAGAGGUACACGUGCGUAGGAUCGCCGAGUUGGAUGGCACCGGAAGUGGCCAUCAGCAAAGGGAACAGUUCCGAAGGAUACGGGAGCAGAGCGGACGUCUGGGCGAUCGGUAUCACGGCGAUCGAGUUAGCUGACGGGAAGCCACCGUUUCAAGACAUGUACCCGACCAGAGCGUUGUUCCAGAUCGUUCGAAACCCACCACCGAAUUUGUACAGGCCGUCCAACUGGUCGCAAAAUUUCAACGAUUUCAUCGCCGAGUAUGUUCAAACGCUAUACAUAUUUUCUACGUCGUCGACGCCCGAUCAAUGUCGUUCAAUGUCGUUCCAGAUGUCUCGAGAAAAAUCCCGAGAACAGGCCGUUUAUGGCGGAAAUAGCCGAGCAUCCAUUCUUAGCGGAUUUGCCGGAGGAGGAUUUUCUGGUAACGCAGUAAAACGAUUUUUCUGGAAUAGCCCUAGUAUCCCAAAUAGAAAAACUGGCGAAAGAAAUCAAGAUAUUAAUGAUGGACGCCGGUGUGAAAGGCAAAUACGAGAGGAGACCGGAAGUAAUAGUGCGAAAAGGUCUGCUGAAGGUAACGUUUUGAGUAAACAGACUCAUCAAACCGAUCCUUUGGAGCCUAUGUUCAUGGAGGAUUUGGCUGCGCUCGAAGUGCUCACGGAGGACGCGAUUUUGGACGAGCUGCACGAGAGACUACGGCAAGGUUACUUCCACAGCUUCAUUGGCGAUAUCCUUUUGAUUUUGAAUCCGAAUGAGAAACAAGACAUUUACGGAUCCGAUUAUCACACGAAAUACCAAUUCAAGUCGCGUUCGGAUAACGCGCCUCACAUAUACUCUGUAGCCGACAGCGCCUAUCAGGACGUGCUGCACCACGAGGUGGUCCAGCAUAUUUUACUAGCCGGCGAGAGCAAUUCGGGGAAAACGACCAACAUGAUGCACCUCGUUCAGCAUCUCAUGUACCUGGGGAAAAGCCUUCAAGACAUCGGUGCGAGAUUAAUGCGAGCUAUCAAAAUGAUUCACGCUUUCAGCAACGCCGCCACGCCGCUCAACACCAAUUCGACCAGAUGCGUGCUGCAGAUAGAGACCACGUAUGGAAGUUCCGGGAAAGCGUCCGGCGCCAUAUUUUGGCUGUAUCAGCUGGAAAAAUGGCGCGUUUCUACCCGCGACAGAUUGCGCGGCAACCUCGCCUUCGGUAGAUCUAAUCGUACGUUUAUCAAUUGGCCGCGGUGGCUACGAGAUCACCAGGUCUAUCUUCUCCGCAGAAAUCAAUCGAAUUUUCACGUGAUGUACUACUUUUACGACGGCCUCGACGCCACGAGCAAACUGAAACAGUAUCACUUGCCACCGGGCAGAAGGAUGCGGUACCUGAGGAUCAGCGAGAAAGGAACGGAGAGGAAACGAUCGUUCAAAGUUCGCAACGAUCCGCGCGGCAACGUGGCCAAGUUCGAAGAGCUGAAGGAGAAUCUAAGAGUCUUGGAAAUGGAGGAGUAUUGCGAGACGAUCUGGAGGAUAUUGGCGGCGAUCUUAAUACUGGGAGAAAUUCGUUUCGUCGAAGGUAACGACGGAGAGGCUGACAUGGACAACAACGACGCGGCCAACAGAGUCGCCCAACUUCUCAACCUCGAUGAAAAGAAAUUUAAUUGGGCGUUGCUUAAUUAUUGCGUGGUCGUGAAAGGGAACGCUGUACGAAGAAAGCACAGCUGCGAAGAAGCGAAAGAAGCGAGAGACGUAUUAGCUAACACGAUCUAUCAGCGGCUGGUCGACUGGAUAGUGAACACUAUCAAUUUCAAAUUUACGGUUACUCGUUCUCUAUUCGGUGACAAAUACGCGAUUAACAUAAUGGACCUGUUUGGAUUCGAGUGUUUCGCGGUAAAUCGACUCGAGCAGUUGGUGGUGAACACGAUGAACGAACAGAUGCAGUGUUAUUACAACCAGAGGGUAUUCGCUUGGGAAAUGCAAGAACAAGAAGAGGAAGACAUACCGAUACAGCGUUUGCAUUUUUACGACAACAAAGACGCGAUAGAUCAAUUGAUGAGCAAAGACAGAGGUUUAUUUAGUGUAAUCGACGAAGCAUCGAAAAAUAUGCUCGAUUAUCAAUAUAUCAUGAACAAAAUCCAACAACGAGCGGACAAUCUUUACAUAAAACCGGUGAGUUCUCACGAAUUUACCAUCGCUCAUUACACAGGAAAAUUGCUUUACGACGCUAGCGAGAUUGCCGAGAAGAACCGGGAGUUCGUCCCUCCGGAAAUGAUCGAAACGUUCAGGCAAUCCACCAUCGAAAGCAUGAAAGAGAUGUUCACGAAUAAACUGACGAAAUCUGGGAAUUUGACGGUUGUCGUUGACCAUCCAAAAAUCGCGGAGAAGAAGACGAGCAAAGGGAAAUGGGGCGCGCUGAUGCAGGAGACGUCGAAACCAAGGAAAUAUAACACCGCAUCCCGAGGGCAAUACUCCCAGACACGGAAAAUGAGAACCUGCGCGGCUACCUUUAAAUCCACCAGCCUUGAAAUCCUUAAGAACCUUUCGGCAGGUGGCGAAAGUGGUGGUAUCCACUUCAUCAGAUGUAUAAGAUCCGAUCUCGAAGGGGCGCCACGUAAUCCACUCGAAGUACCCUUCUCGAGUGCGUCGAUCUUUUCCCGUUACUACUUUCGUCACGUUGAAACACCCUCGAUUUCAGAUACCAAUUCCUGGCAUUCGACUUCGACGAGAACGUCGAUAUUACCAAAGACAACUGCCGAUUGCUACUGA